ACAAUACAUACACAUAGCCUCCACAUAAAGUAACAAUCACGUCCACAUGAAAUUACUUUUGUUUUUGUUUUUAUAUCUUUCCAUUCAAAAUUCUAUUUCGUGAAAGGCAAUCAUAUUAUGUAUGGACACGUUCUUAAUUGAAUAAUUACUUAAAUGGAAAUUCGUCAGUUGGAAUUGCUUUGCAAACAACUGUAUGAAUCCCAAGAUGGUACAAUUCGAGCGGACGCAGAGAAAGCUCUGGUGGUCUUUCAGGACGGACCGGAGGCCUUAACAAAAUGUCAAGUACUAUUAGAUCGCGGAGAUUCCUGUUAUGCCCAGCUCCUCGCUGCGACCACCCUAACAAAGUUAGUUUCACGGAGUGCGCAGGGAUUAAGUUUACAACAAAGAGUGGAUAUUAGAAAUUAUGUUCUAAACUAUUUAGCAACAAGGCCCAAGUUACCAAACUUUGUUGUACAGGCGUUAGUCACUUUAUUUGCGAGGAUUACCAAACUAGGCUGGUUUGAUACUCACAAAGACGAAUUUGUAUUUAGAGACGUCGUUAAUGAUAUUAGCAAAUUCUUACAGAGAUCAGUGGAACAUUGUAUGAUUGGUGUACAGUUAUUAUCUCAGCUAACAUGUGAAAUGAAUCAAAUUUCUGAAGUAGAGGCAAAUAGAUCUUUAACUAAGCAACGGAAGAUAGCAUCUUCAUUUCGAGAUAGUCAACUAUAUGAAAUUUUUAGAUUAUCUUGUACCUUACUGGGCACAGCUAGAGAAAAUUGUAAAAAUUUUAAUUUUAACGAUGAAAAUCAACACGGAUUGGUAACACAACUCCUACGCCUAUCUCAAAAUUGCUUAACUUUCGAUUUUAUUGGAACAUCAACAGAUGAAUCGUCGGACGACUUAUGUACAGUACAAAUACCGACGAGCUGGAGACCCGCCUUUUUAGAUUUUACCACACUUAAACUAUUUUUCGAUUUAUAUCAUUCGUUACCUUGUACAUUGUCGUCAUUGGCGUUGUCUUGUUUAGUACAAAUCGCAUCGGUGAGACGAUCACUGUUUAGCAAUACCGAAAGAGCGAAAUUCCUUACCAACUUGGUAAAUGGAGUGAAACAUAUUUUACAAAAUCCGCAGGGGUUGAGCGACGCCGCCAAUUAUCACGAAUUCUGUCGACUGUUAGCAAGAUUGAAGUCUAAUUACCAAUUAGGAGAGUUGGUUAUGGUCGAUAAUUACCCUGAAGCAAUUCAGUUAAUAGCAAAAUUUACUGUUCAAAGUUUACAGAUGUGGCAAUUUGCACCAAAUAGUGUACAUUAUUUAUUAAGUUUAUGGCAAAGAAUGGUGGCAUCCGUGCCAUAUGUGAAAGCUACCGAACCACAUUUAUUGGAAACCUACACACCUGAGGUUACUAGCGCGUAUAUUACGUCGAGACUAGAAUCUGUUGCAGUUGUGGUCCGAGAAGGACUAGAGGACCCAAUCGAAGAUCUAGGCAUGGUGCAACAGCAACUUGAGCAGUUAUCCGUUAUUGGCCGUUGCGAAUAUCAGAAAACGUGCGCAUUGCUAGUUCAGUUGUUUGAUCAAUCCGCAAGAUCCUAUCAGGAAUUAUUAGCAACACCCACGCAACAAAUUGAAAUUACAAUACAAGAGGGUCGACUGACAUGGUUGGUGUAUAUAAUUGGGUCUGCAAUUGGUGGUAGAGUUUCGUUUAAUAGUUUCGAAGAACAUGACGCGAUGGACGGUGAACUUGUGUGUCGCGUCCUUCAGCUAAUGAAUUUAACCGAUUCUCGACUUACUCAGGGUGGUUGUGAGAAGUUGGAACUUGCGAUGCUUAGUUUUUUUGAGCAGUUUCGAAAAAUAUACGUAGGUGACCAGGUUCAGAAGAAUUCCAAGGUGUAUCGACGGUUAUCUGAGGUGCUUGGUUUAAAUGAUGAGGCAACGGUUUUAAGUGUAUUUAUUAGAAAAAUAAUAACCAAUUUAAAGUAUUGGGGACAUAGUGAACAAAUCAUAAGUAAGACGCUACAAUUGCUUAAUGAUUUGUCGGUGGGAUACAGCUGCGUCAGGAAAUUAGUCAAGCUAGAAGAAGUGCAGUUUAUGUUAAACAAUCACACAAGCGAGCAUUUUCCAUUUUUGGGUAAUGCCGUAGCAGUUACAGAAAUGAGAUGUAGAUCUAUGUUCUAUACAUCACUUGGAAGAUUGCUUAUGGUCGAUUUAGGUGAAGAUGAGGAUAGAUUUCAUACAUUUAUGUUACCUUUAACAGGCUCGUUUAGUAAUAUUGGUACAAUGUUGGGCGCAGCUGAAAAUGCAGUGUUUCCUGCUGACGACGCUAAAAAAGUGUUAAUAGGCCUCGCAAGAGAUUUACGAGGACUUGCGUUUGCCUUUAAUACCAAAACAUCAUAUAUGAUGUUAUUUGAUUGGAUAUAUCCUAGUUACACACCUGUUCUGUUACGAGCUAUAGAAUUAUGGUACCAUGACCCGCAAGUAACUACACCUGUAUUAAAACUUUUUGCGGAAUUAGUUCAAAAUAGAUCUCAAAGAUUACUGUUCGACGUAUCUUCACCAAAUGGAAUACUAUUGUUUCGAGAAGCAAGUAAAAUCAUUUGCACUUAUGGUAGUCGAAUUUUGAAUGUCGAGGUGUCUAAAGAACAAACGUACCCGUUGAAACUAAAAGGAAUAUCUAUAUGUUUUUCGAUGUUGAAAGCAGCGCUGUGUGGAAGUUAUGUGAAUUUUGGUGUAUUUAGAUUGUAUGGCGAUGAGGCUUUAGAUAAUGCCUUAAACAUUUUUGUUAAGUUACUUCUUUCUAUUCCUCAAUCAGAUUUACUGGAUUAUCCAAAGCUUUCGCAGACCUACUACGUGCUUUUAGAGUGUCUGGCUCAGGAUCACAUGAGUUUUCUGUCCACAUUAGAACCACGUGUAUUUUUAUAUAUUUUAUCCUCUAUAUCGGAGGGUUUGACUGCCUUAGGUGGGCAACUCAAUCAUUAUACAGAUACUAUGGUAUGUACAGGAUGUUGUGCCACACUGGAUCAUAUAGUUACGUAUUUAUUUAAGCAAUUGACUCAAAAAGGUGAGGAUGGUGCUAUGACUUACACAUAUUCAAUGAUCAUUUUAGUAUUUCCUGGUAAAAAAACUCGGGUUGGUAUCGUUCCGUCUAGUGAUAUGUUCCUAAAAGUACUCGAAGUUCAUCCGGAAAUUUUGCAACAAAUCCUUAGUACUGUUUUAAAUGUGAUUAUGUUUGAAGACUGUCGAAACCAAUGGUCAAUGUCUCGACCGCUUUUAGGACUAAUCUUAUUGAAUGAAGACUACUUUAAUCAACUAAGAGAAAAUAUAAUUCGUAGUCAACCUCCUGAUAAGCAGGUAGCUAUGGCCCAAUGGUUUGAAAAUUUAAUGGAUGGAAUAGAGAGAAAUUUGCUUGCCAAAAAUAGGGAUAGGUUUACACAAAACCUUUCUAUGUUCCGAAGAGACAUAAAUGACUCUCUGAAGGGACCUAAUGUAAAUACAUCAACAGUCAGUGAUAUGAUGACCUCAUAGUGAGUGGAGUUUGUAAUUUUAGAACUGGCGUGUAAUGUAUAAUGUAUCGCGAAAUAGAAUCCUAUUGUUGA